GCUCAACUUAGAAAAUUAUAAGGUCAUUUGAAUUACGCCUGUCCGUCAGCUCGCCGGUUAAAAUGUUCCUAAGGAUGGUGUGAAAUGAUUAUGAAAAUGAAGCGAUGAUGAUCUCGGGGUCAAAGUCGACGCGAACUGUCGCUGGAGCCGCAGCAGCCGGAGGAGGUCGUUGUGGGAUUUGAACCCAGUGCGUGUGUCUGCCGCCGCCUGUGCGCAUUUCUCCGACGAGCCAAGCUAGCGGCGGAGAGGAGCGGGGGGGCUACCAGGCUGGCCUGUAAGCCGAUCAAGGUGGAAUCUCACGCAGCGAGUUUCACAUUUGGGAUUUCUACGCUCCUAUAUGCUGUAACGGAGUGAACGAAGGGAAAGGUAGGAUGAUGCGACUAGCAUGUUGCACAGCUCUGCUGUUCGUGUUCAGGCUGCUGGCAGGCUUGCCGUGGUACCAGGUUCUUCCAGGAGUCCUGAUCUUCUACCUCGGAAGUGGAGGAUGGAGGUUCCUGGAGAUUUUUGCCAUGACGAUUGGCAGGGACUUACAUGCAGCAUAUGUGUUGUUGCGGGUGAAAAUGAACGUCAAGAGACACGUCAGGGAGAAGAACACGAUUCCAAAGAUCUUCGCAGAAACAGUUCAGCGUCAUGGGGACAAAACGGCGCUCAUAUUCGAGGGAACGGGAGAGAGGUGGACGUUCCAUCAGUUGGACGAAUACUCCAACAGGGUGGCUAACCUGCUGCUGGAUCGUGGCUUUAAGGAGGGUGAUGUGGUGGCCAUUUUCAUGGAGAACAGGUCUGAGUACGUGGGCCUCUGGUUGGGCAUGGCCAAAAUUGGAGUAGAAGCUGCUCUGAUCAACUUCAAUCUGAGGCUGGAGUCACUGGUCCACUGUGUCACCAUCUCCAAUUCCAAGGCGGUGAUCUUCGGUUCGGAGCUGAUUGAUGCGGUAUCUGAGGUCCACAGUUCAAUGGGAAAGGCGGUGCAGAUGUUUUGCUCCGGAGACUGGGACCCCAAACGAGUCCCACAGGGAACCGAGUGCCUGGAGCCCCUGCUGGCCAGUGCCUCGUCCCGCCUGCCUCGCCCGCCGCAGCGCUGCUUCACAGAUCGCCUGUUCUACAUCUACACAUCAGGAACCACGGGGAUGCCCAAAGCUGCUAUUGUCGUGCACAGCAGAUACUACCGCAUGGCAGCUCUGGUGUAUUACGGCUUUAGGAUGACAUCAGAUGACACGCUGUAUGAUUGCCUCCCACUUUACCACUCUGCAGGCAACAUCGUGGGAGUGGGUCAGUGCAUCAUACACGGGAUGACUGUAGUCAUCAGGAAGAAGUUCUCUGCCUCGCGGUUCUGGGACGACUGUGCCAAAUACAACUGCACCAUCGUGCAGUACAUCGGGGAGAUCUGUCGAUAUCUGCUGAACCAGCCGGUCCGUGACGCUGAGCAGCAGCACCAGGUGCGCAUGGCGCUGGGGAAUGGCCUGCGCCAGUCCAUUUGGGAGGAGUUCAUGAACCGCUUCAACAUCCCACAAAUAGCAGAGUUCUACGGAGCUACGGAGUGCAACUGCAGCUUGGGCAACUUUGGCAACAAGGUUGGAGCGUGUGGCUUCAACAGUCAGAUUCUGCCCUUCGUCUACCCCAUCAGACUGGUGAGGGUCGAUGAAGAGACCCUGGAGCUCAUUAGGGGACCUGAUGGAGUCUGCAUCCCUUGUAAACCAGGUGAGCCUGGUCAGCUGGUCGGUAAGAUUAUUCAGAACGACCCUCUUCGGAGGUUUGAUGGCUACGUCAACCAAUCGGCUACGACCAAGAAGAUUGCUCACAGUGUGUUUAAGAAGGGAGACAGCGCUUAUCUGUCUGGCGAUGUUCUCAUCAUGGAUAAGUACGGACACAUGUACUUCAAGGACAGAACGGGAGACACUUUCCGAUGGAAAGGGGAAAACGUCUCGACAACUGAGGUGGAAGGAACCCUGAGCCGGCUGCUGGACAUGAAGGAUGUGGUUGUUUAUGGCGUAGAAGUACCAGGAGCAGAGGGGAAGGCCGGGAUGGCAGCCAUCGCUGAUCCGUCUCGAUCCACCAACCUGGAGAAGUUUGUGAAGGAUAUGGAGAAAGUUCUCCCUCCGUACGCCAGACCAGUCUUUCUCCGCUGCCUUCCAGAAGUCGACAAAACGGGAACGUUUAAAUUCCAGAAGACGGAGCUGCGCCGGGAUGGUUUUAAUCCCACUGCUGUGUCGGACAGGCUCUUCUUCCUGGAUACCAGCAGAGGGCGCUAUGUGCCGCUGGAUGAAGAACUUUACCGCUCCAUACUGUCAGGCAAACACAAAUUGUGACGACCAGGCUGACCAUUACAUCAGUGUGACACACACAGCUGCAGGAAAGAGGACGAUAGUGUGUGUCCAGGUUAGCAGAACAAGUACCCCCCACACACUGUUACACACACACACACAAAGGCAAAUUCACACCCAAGGAUAUUUUACUCCCAAACGGACUCUGUUCUUUUAAAUCUAUUUGUUUUAAAUUUGCACGUUGCUCUAGUCCAUCCACCCCCACCCUCGCUACCUCAGUCAAGACAAGAGGCACAAACCCCUUAAAGCCAGAUCUGUUUGGUAACUUCACUCCCCUGAAACACAGCCCUCCUGACACUCCAUCACUAGUCCAUCCCAUCAAAGGUUUUCCUAGAAGGAAAAGGGAUGAGUAAUAGGCAGCCUGGCAUCCAAAACACAAACUUGAGGGGUCAUAAAGAGAACCGGUUCUGCACAAGAACACUGCAGGAGGAAAACCAAGUUAUGUCGUUUAACGGAGAGAUUUUGUUAAAAGAUGGCGAUUCAACUCGAGACUCAACCUGCACAACAAGCCCGACGCGACAGACCUCCACCACCAGGGACACGGUUAAUCCGGGGUGUCUGAAGCUCUUCUGCUAAAAGGGAACAACACAACGAUGUGAGGAGAGCGUCUGCACAGAGGCGUUUAACUCGACCAGCGGCUGAAGCUUUAAUGUGCAAUAGAUCUCCAGCGUUUGCAGCGUGCAGUAACGUGCUGCAGGAAGCACGACAACUGCUGUGGUGUUUUAAAUUUUUUAUUUAAAUAUGUCUGCAACAUACCAAACGUGUUUUUAUUAAGUCGUUUACAUAUUUUAGUUGAUGUGAAUGUUUAAAAGGAUACACUUGUACAAUGGAAGGUUUUUUUCUGCUGUAUUUGUAACCAAAUCCAUCCUUUAUAAGCUUGGAGCUCUUUAAAACAAAGCUGCUGGGUAAGCUUUAAAUCAGCCGCUGGGACACAAGGGAAGCCACCUGACAGACUCAACCCUGGGAUAAAAAAAAACCUUGAGGUCCUUUCUGUAGAGUGAAGUUUUUCACUAUGACAAUGUGGCCAUAUUGUGCAGGUUUUGUCUAAAAAAUGUAGACGUAUCUAUCACAGUGUUUGCGUGUGUGUGUGUGAGGACUUAACUGAAGGGAGGGGAACUACUUGAUCGAGGAAUCUGCAGAAUUCAGGAGGCCUGAAGGAUCCAAAACACGAGGAGUGUUGAGCUGUAAAACUAGAGCAGUAGAUGAAGAGCACAUUUACUUUGUGCUUCAUCAUUAUUGUCUGUUGUUUGCACUCAUCAUCAAAGGUCGUAGCAGCAUGAAGAAGCAUCGCCAACCACAAGCAGAGCACUGUGCCUUAGUGUGAGUUCAGGUCCUGGUGAUCCCAAACUUUCUAUUUCUAAAGGAUUUUCCGCAUGUCAAAUUCCUCCAUGAGUCAUGUUGGUGAAGAUCAUCCGUGUUUUGCAUUAAAGCAUCUUGGUGGGAGGAUUGUUCACUAAAGACGGGGUAAAUGUCUAAAUCUUGCAGAGCUACUGUUUGCUGUUUUUGUUCACAUUAAGGUUGAUUUCCUUUCACUUCUUUUUGUUUCUUCACAGUUUUUUUUUUUUUUUUUUUUGGUUGUUAAACAUCCAGCGCUGCGGGCUCAUGUUUCCAUCUCAGCUGCUAUCAGAUGACUAUAAAUGUUCAAAUUAAGUCACUGCUGAAUUUUCAGCUGAAAAUUAAUUUCAAACAUCUGUAAAUUAAACUGACCCCCCUUCACAUGGCCACUAAACUAUAAUGCAAACCUUUAUUUUAAGCAUUGCACUGACUGACUCGGUUGUUCUUGAUGACUGCAGUCAGCUGAUGGCGUUCUUGAGUGUUUGUUUUGGGGAGAAGGGCACUGAAUUAGUCCCUGCGCCUCUUCCUGUCACCUAUUUUUAUUUAUUCUUUAAUGAUGAGUGUAAUGUGUUCCCAUGAAUGUGUGGGGGAAAUGAACAAUUGACUGAUGACGUUGUGAUGUGAUUUGUGUCUACGGGAGCUAGGUCCGGCUGUUCUAUGAUGCUUCUGACUGAGGGUUGCAUUAGUCAGCUCUCACCACCAGGGGGCGGGUGAUUAAACAGCCCCAAAGCAAAGCACUCUGAGGAAGAUGUUUCCAUAUUUUUUAAAUGUGCUUAAAUUAUUAUAUUAGAAUAAUUGUUAAUGAUGCUUUGAUUCUUUUUUUCUGCUUUUGAUCUGCUUUGUUUGUUUUUUGUUUGUGUUGUGUGGAAUCAUAGCUUUGCAGUUUUUGUGUAAAGAAAAAAGUGGAUUCAAGCAUGAAUGGAUGACAAUCGAAUGGCUGUUUGUUUCACAAAGUCUUUCCAUUGAGAUGCACUAGAAAACAGCUAGAGGUAAGCCUCCUGCGGCAGGGGAAAUUAGGGUUAAAGAAGUUACUCUGCCUGUCUGCCAUUUCUGACACGAUAAAGAAGAAGAGGAACAAGAAACAUCCACCACUAUUCAUGCAAUUUCUUUAGACACUGCAGCUAAUGUGCAUUUAAUGAAUUAAAAUUAAAUCUUACCUGAUAAAUGUUGCUGUUGGGGUUUUAUUUAAGUUUUAAGUCAUGUUUUAAUUUGGUUUUCUGCAAACCAAAUUUCACACCUCUAGAUCAUUCUGCUGGUUUUUACAUCACUUUGGGUGUUACACCAAUAACAUCCAAACUUUGCUUUUGGUGCAACUUUAAUGGCUUUUUUUAUUCAAAACUGAAAUUGCUAAAGCUAAAAAGAAUAACAUUGGCAGAAAAAAACUCAAAGGCAUCAGAUCAAAGUUAAUCCCAGCCUACAGUCUGAUUUAGAAAUGACAUCCUGCGUUAAAACAUUUUUACCCUUCAUGUUCCUCGUUCUUUAACACGUCCCAUUCUGCUUUUUGCACAUUUUGUUGUUUCUUUUUGUGUGUGAUUAUUAUUUACUUUUGAUUGUUUCAUUGACUGCAGUGGCAGCAUCUCAGCCUGUGCUUAGAAGAGGUCAGUGAUGAGUGUGUGAGAGACAAACGCAUACACUUGUUCCUCUUGUUCAUCCGUUGUGAACAGAUUGUAUUUAAGGGAAGUGGGAUUAAAGAAGCAACAGAUUGAGAAUCAGUAAUUAAACUAUUUACACUGAGCAAGUCAA